GAAGAAACGCAGUUCCGGUUUAGCCAGGAAGUGCCUCCCAUGUGUGCGUGCAUGUAUGUGGAGGGAGACUCAGCCACGAUGUGCCGCGCUAGGACGUUGCAUCUAUGAUGACGCUCCCCUGCUGACUUGCUCAGAAGGCGAAGGGUGCUGGGGGAGGGGAAGGACUUGCCCCCCCUGACUGCUAUGGAGGCUGCAGGGGUGGCCCCUAUCAAGGCCCAGUACCUCUCUACAAAAGAAAAGUUCCACGUGUACCUCGAUCAGGAAGGGGAGCUGAAGAAUGAAAACAAUGGCGAUGUGCAGAGAACGAUCGCAGAGAAUGAUGACAGUGGAGACCCGAGAGAGCCUCCUGCCAAACUGCAGAAGCUGGAAGAAGCUGGAAGCAAGGACGAAGAAAGAAGCCAGCCGGAAGAGGCAAGCAAAGCCACAAAGGAGACUGGGGGACAGAAGAGGGCCCGAGGGCAGAAUAAGAGCCGCCUGUGUGUGAAGCCUAAUCACUAUGAGAAGAACCGCCUGUGCCCUUCGGUAGUCCAGGAGCGAGCCGAUAAAUGCUUCUAUGGCUCCCGCUGCCGUUUCCUGCACAGCAUCAAAGACUAUAUGGCCACAAAGCUGCCGGACCUCGGAAACCGCUGCGUGCUCUUCAAGACAUUUGGCAAGUGCAUGUACGGGGUCACCUGCCGGUUUGCUGGAGCCCACCUGGGCGAGAACUACGAGAACAUGGUCAACGAAAGCGUUUUGAAGCAGCAGGAAGGGAAGCCGGCGGUGGUGAAGAACAGCCUUGGCAAAGAACUCCAGCAGCAGCUGCGCAAAAAGAAAUUUCCUUUUGACAAGUCCGGCGCGUACCUUUGUCGCUUAGCUAAGCCCAACCACGCGAGGGGGUCUGGGAGCCAAGCAAGGCAGAGCGAGAUCACAAACUCUUCUGCUUCCGAAGGAGUCGUGGAUCUCAGAGCUGCAGGAGAGGAGGUGGCAGAAGUCGCCUGUUUGUCACCGGAAGAAGGACCCGCCUUGGAGGAUGCGGAGAGUCCAAGUCAGCCAGCGGCCCCGGUGGAACCUGCUCUCAAAAUGGCUGGCCCCGUGACGGAUGAAGAUCUUGUGAAAUUGAGACCGUGCGAGAGGAAAAAGCUGGAUCUCCGUGACAAACUUUAUUUAGCUCCUUUAACAACGUGUGGCAACCUUCCUUUCCGGCGAAUAUGCAAGCGAUACGGAGCAGACGUCACCUGUGGGGAGAUGGCUGUUUGUACGAAUUUGCUUCAGGGGCAGUCGUCUGAGUGGGCACUGCUGAAGCGGCACCACACGGAGGAUCUCUUUGGCGUCCAGCUGGAAGGAGCCUUUCCGGACACCCUGACCAAAUGCGCUGAGCUUCUGAACAGGACGAUCGAAGUGGACUUUGUGGACAUUAAUGUUGGCUGCCCAAUUGACCUCAUCUAUAACAAGGGAGGAGGCUGUGGAUUAAUGAACCGUACCAACAAGUUCGAACAGAUCGUCCGAGGCAUGAACUACGUAUUGGAUGUCCCCCUGACUGUGAAGAUCCGGACUGGGGUGCAAGAGAGAGCCAACCUGGCCCACAAACUCAUUCCUAACCUCCGUGAAUGGGGCGCCUCUAUGGUUACGCUUCACGGCCGAUCGAGGGAACAGCGGUACACAAAGGCAGCAAACUGGGAAUACAUUGCGGAGUGUGCGAAAAUUGCCAGCCCGAUGCCUCUUUUUGGAAAUGGCGAUAUCUUGUCUUUCGAAGAUGCUAAUCAAGCCAUGCAGACCGGAGUUUCAGGGAUUAUGAUUGCUCGGGGGGCGCUGAUCAAGCCUUGGAUCUUCACUGAAAUCAAAGAGCAGCGGCACUGGGACAUCUCGUCAGGCGAGCGGCUCGGCAUCCUUAAAGACUUCACCAACUAUGGCUUGGAGCACUGGGGAUCGGACACCCAAGGCGUGGAGAAAACCAGGAAGUUCAUGCUGGAGUGGCUGUCCUUUCUGUGCAGGUAUAUUCCAGCCGGCUUACUGGAGCGCCUGCCUCAGCGAAUUAACGAGAGGCCUCCUUACUACGUGGGCCGGGACUACCUGGAGACCUUAAUGGCAAGCCACAAUGUGGGUGACUGGAUUAAGAUCAGCGAGAUGCUUUUAGGUCCUGUUCCUGACUGUUUUUCUUUCCUACCGAAGCACAAGGCAAAUUCUUACAAGUAGGACCCCGAGCUACCAGGGAAAGUGCUGUUUUCACUUCCAAAGUAAAUGCACAUCUCAUGGCUCUCUUGGUUUUCAAUAAAAAAAAAUUAAAGUUCUAUUUUUAA